CUAGAACAUUGAAUUCAUUCGCUGAACGAACGUCGUGGUGAACGCAAGAGACUCGGUCACAAGCGGAACUCGCAAGCUAACGGUUGUCGUCUGACAAAAGCAAAGCAGAUAUUUACGUUAAGUGAACGGAAGCAGAUAUUCAAUACAAAAAAAAGUCAAGCGAAAUUCGUUGCGUUAAAUGAAAGUGAAUUUUUACUGAAAACUAAUUGACUAUUAACACUUGUGGAUUUUAUUUAUAAACACAUAAAACAACAAAUAAAUAAAUUGUGAAAAUAUACAAAAUUUUGUAUAAAAAGUGAGAGAAAGAACUGAAAGUGAAAUUGGCAAAUAAAAAAUUUUGACUUGGAAGCCAAAAAUAAACGCAAAGUAAUUGUAAUAAUUGCAAAGGCUUGCUUAAAAAGCAACAACAAAUUGUGAUAAACAUAAAGUAAUUUGUGAUUUGUUUACAACUCAACGCUAUUAAAAUAUGGUAACAGGAGUAGCUGGUCCAAAUAUGACAGCCAACGUUAUGGGAGCGCCGGUGGCAGCGCUGAAAGAUGCGCCCGCAGUUAAAAGCGAUCGUCGGUCGAACAAGCCGAUUAUGGAAAAACGCCGACGCGCCCGCAUUAACAAUUGCCUAAACGAGCUGAAAACGCUGAUUCUGGACGCCACAAAGAAAGACCCCGCGCGUCACUCCAAAUUGGAAAAGGCCGAUAUUUUGGAGAAGACUGUCAAGCACUUGCAAGAGCUGCAGCGCCAACAGUCCGCCAUGCAACAAGCUUCCGACCCUAAGGUCAUCAAUAAAUUCAAGGCCGGCUUUGCCGAUUGUGCCAACGAAGUGAGCCGGUUCCCCGGUCUGGAUCCGACUGUGAAGCGUCGUCUGCUGCAGCAUCUCAGCAAUUGCAUUAACGGUGUUAAAACCGAGUUGCAUCAACAUCAACGUCAAUUGGCUAGCGCCAGCGCGCAAAUGUUGCCCUCGCCGCCCAGCUCACCCGAGCAGGAUCCGCAUCAUCUGCAACAACAACAGCAUGUUGCUGCUGCUGCCGCCGCCGCCGCCGCCGCCGCAGCGGCCAGCGGUCAUUCCUUCCUUGUGGGCACACAACUGCAGCACACAAUGAAUGGUUAUUUCCUGCCUAACGGCAUGCAAGUGAUACCCACCAAAUUGCCAAACGGCAGCAUAGCGCUGGUAUUGCCACAACAACAACAACAUCACCUACAACAACAACAGCAAGCGGCGCAAGCGCAACAGCAGGCCGCACACCUGCAGCAACAAGCACAGCAACAAUUGAGCGCUGCGCAAGCUGCCGCCCUAUUGUCAAUGCCCAGCCGCACCGCCUCGACCAGCUCAGCUUCGUCGCACAGCUCAUCCGUCUACGAGCGCACGCUUUGUUCGCCCGCUAACAGCGUUGCACAUUAUGCGCCUCCCAGCCCCGCCAACUCAUAUGAGGCUAUGGAUUGCAAACCCUCAGUCAUACAGCAUGCGCCUACACUAUCACAACAACAGCAACAACAAUUAAACCAGCAACCACUUUCGUUGGUCAUCAAAAAGGAUAUCAAAGUAGAGGAUGAGCAACCUUGGCGCCCAUGGUGAAGUGUUCCCCCCUCCCCCCCCGAUGGUGAAUCACUCAAGUGACUGAUAAACGCCCCCGCGUACCGCGUAAUAGUAGUGUGGGGCGUCUAAAAUAUAUACCAAAGCGGCGUAGGGCCCAUUAGUGGCUGGCGUAGCAGGCAGAGCGUUCGACAGCUAUUGGCACUCCUCCUGGGUCGACAUUCGGCGGCACAUGCCAGCUGUUUAUUUGUUUGGCAAAUACGGACACUGGUUAAUCGCGUUGGCGUUGCGACGAUAGCCACAGCGUACACUCAUUCGUAACCAUUUCGCGCACUUGCCUUUGUGUAAAUGACGUUGAAGUUGAAACUGAAAAUAUCGUGCGCUACAUAGUGAUCUCAAUAGCAGCAGCAGCAGCGCGGCGGUAGCAGGCGCUACAAUGAGUAUGACGCAGUUGUGCGCCCGUGCGCACUAAAGGAGAAAAUCACAAAAACAUUGGGAACGUGUCGAACGACAGCACUUAAUUGACUACCUCAGCAAUACAGGGGCGUAGCGCAGUUAGCCGCGCCUCAGGGGCGCUUCAUUUGAAUUUCACUCAGCUAUCUCAUUGGAGUAUUACAAGUAUAAAUAUAUAUAUAUAGGAAGAGUAACUAAUAAUUGGCGAAUCGUCAAACUUCGUAGUCACUAAUAAUUUAAAAAAACAUAAUUUAAGAAUAAUAAUUUAAUAAUUUAAAAAACAUAUAAGAAAAAUCUAGUUUUUA